GAAACUCAAUUUUCCCACGUAAGCAAAUGCAACAUGCGCAAAACGUCCUACGUCAACACGCUGAGCGCCAAAUUUGUAAAGUGCGGAAGGCGCAAUAGCAACAACACCAGCGUAGAAAGUGUUUUAAUCGCCUCUUUUUCGUUACAAAUCGUCUAUUUUUAAUUCGUUUUUCCUCGUCAAGAUGUCUGAACAGGCAGGCUAUUCACCAAAUUUCAAACGACCGGCUGAAAUCAUGCGAAUGAGACGGAAAAGAACCCGAAGCGACGCCAGUGUCUUCUCCAGCCCGAGCGGCCAAGGCUCCACAAGCAGCCCCAGACAAAGCGAGUCAUCCCCGGCUUGCGUUCGGCCCUUUUCCCCUGGACCUCUUCUCAGCCCUCAGAGUCGCUCUGGAGGAGGACUAAAACGCAGGAACCCGUUUGCAAAUAUCGAAAACACCUUCAGCCCGAAGAAGAAACUGAUUAUUUACAACGAUGAUGGAAACGCAGAAGCUGUGAGUCAGAUAAAUAAACUGACGGAAAGGGAGGGAGAGGAGGAAACACAGAAACAGGAUCGAGGAGCUUUACCUUUCAGCGCCAGGUUGACCGAAGUCGAGCAGAAGGAGAGGCGAGAUGUUUCCAGCAAGGUCUGUUUGAGUAACUAACCACCAUCUACAUUGUACAGCUGAUACCUGAUCAAUCUGAUUGGACGAGAGGCGUUCGAUGGGUGCGUUUAUACAGAAUAUCAGAAUCAGAAUGCCCUUUAUUGUCAUCAUUCUAAAAGUACAACGAGAUUGGAGAGCUUCUCCUUUCCAGUGCAAUUGACAAGUAAAAAUAAGGUAGUAAAAGUACAAAUAGUCGUAGAAAGAAGGUACUAUAUAUACAAGACAAGAAUUCUACAGAAGUAAAACAAAACGUAUGUAUAAGAAUAAAAUAGAAAGAUAAAUACUAAAACUAAAUACAUAUGUGUGUUGAAAUAUAUAUACAUUUUUAUAUGUAUAUGGACAUGUAUGACACAGGUUCAGAAUAUAAUAAUCAACACAGCAGCAGUAAUAUUGGUAAUAUUGCACUUGUUCCCUCAUCUUGAGGGCUGGAGUAGGUUUAUGGGAGUUUAAGAUGAUGGCUCGAGGGAAGAGGCUGUUUUGGAGUCUGUUAGUCCUUGCUUUGAUGCACCUGUAGCGCCUCCCAGAGGGCAGCAGGUCAAACAGCUGGGCACCGGGAUGUGAAGGGUCCUGGAUGAUGUUUUGAGCUCUGCUGAGGCACCGGGUGGAGUAGAUGGGCAGCCAGUGAUCCUCUGUGCUGUUUUGACUGUCCUCUGGAGCCUCCCUCUGUCUGCCUCGGUGCAGCUCUCGUACCAUGUGGUGAUGCAGUAUGUCGGCAGGCUCUCAAUGGAUGAGCAGUAGAAGGCCGGCAGCAGCUCCCUGUCCAGCUAGUUCAGUGGUUCUCAAAUCCAGUCCUCGAGCCCCCCCGUCCUGCAUGUUUUGGAUGUUUCCCUGCUCCAACACACCUGAUUCAAAUGAUCAGCUCGUUAUCAAACUCUGAGAUGGCUUACUAACGAGCUGAUCAUUUGAAUCAGGUGUGAUGGAGCAGGGAAACAUCCAAAACAUGCAGGAUGGGGUGGCUCGAGGACUGGAUUUGAGAACCACUGAGCUAGUUCCUCCUGAGGACUCUCAGGAAGUGCAGCUGCUGCUGGGCCUUCCUUAUGAUGGCAGUGAUGUUGGCUGAUCAGGAGAGGUCAUUGCAGAUCUGGAUUUCCAGGAACCUAAAUGUGUGGACCCUUUCCACACACUCGCCGUUGAUGUAGAGGGGGGCCGAUUAGUCCUGUUCCUUCUGAGGUCCACGAUGACCUCCUUUGUUUUCCUGGUGUUCAGUGCCAAGUAGUUGUCUGAACACCAGGUGGUCAGCCUUUGGACCUCCUCUCUGUGGGCUGCCUCAUUUCCCUCUGAGAUCAGUCCGACCACUGUGGUGUCGUCAGCGAACUUGACGAUGAUGUUGUCCACAUGGGCCAGACUGCAGAACAAUAUCGCGAUACAGGGUACAUUAACACAAAAGGACACCUGAUACAGAGUCCUUAAGGUGCUAAAGGGAUUUUUCUUCUUGUUGUAUCAAUAAUAAAACAUAAAUGUGAGCAGAAACGUGCACCACAGUGUGUCUGUCUUCGGGGAACUCAUUAAUACUAUGGGUAUAGGAUAAUGACUAAUUGCACAUCUUUCAGGCUUUAUUUUGUCGUAUGCAAAUGAUUAUCUUUUGGGAUCAAGUUACUAAAUCUAAUUCCUAAUUUUUUGAUGUUUGACUCUGAAUAAACCUGUAUUUUGCUUUGAGGUAGAACAUAGCAGUGAAUCAUCUGUCUCUUUUUACAGAAGAGUCUCACUUUCUCUGAAGAUGACUCCCUGUUUGAAGAGGAGGAGGAGGAAGAUGUGAAGGCGCCACUACUGAAGGUUUGAUUUUUUUACAGUGCUUUUUUGCCCUUUAGCACUCCUGUUCCCCAUUGAUAAUGUCCUCUACUGUCUCUCUUCCCAGAGUCCCCAGUCCAUCACUCCCGCCUCUAUCGCUCCCCCCGUCUGCACCCAGUACCCGACUGACUGGAGCCUGAAGACCCGCGUUCUCUUCACCUCCCCGCUCCCCUUGUCAUGGGCAGAGCACCCUAAAGCCCAGGAGGAAGCUGUGGGGCUGAGCCAGCACUGCAGAGCUCACUAUAGCACUCUCCCACACAGUAUACAGGUAGCGUUUGAAUAACAGGAGAGCGAUUAUUAUCUCCAUGUUUUCAAGUUACUAACUUUUUGUGUCAUUCCCUGCAGGAUCCCAGGUCCUGCUCCGAGCUCCGCUGUGCCUUCCAGCAGAGUCUGGUCUACUGGCAGCACCCCUCCCUGCCUUGGCUGUCUCUGUUCCCAAGAAUCAAUGCUGAGAGGAGCUUUAAUGGGAAGAGCACACCAUGGGCUCAGGAUGCAGCUCUGCAGAAGAGUCUGAUGAGUGAAUGGUGAGGCUGGAAACAUCAGCAGCAGCCACGGUAUAAUUUCUGGAGCUGUUCUGCUUAUAACCGUGUUUUCUCUCUGUCCUCUGCAGGUCAGUCAGUCUGUCAUCUCUCUACGGUUUGUUGAAGGCCAGACUGUGCCCUUACUUCUACCUCUGCUCCUAUCAGGUAGCGAAUUUUAAAAAUUUGCUCAAUCACAUAACCACUUCAUCGCUGCAACUUCAAUGCCUCUUAUGUCGUCUCCUCUGUUGUGCCAGUUUACAGUGUUGUUCAGGGCUGCAAGUCUUGGGGGCUCCGGCUCCAUCACAGCUUUAAUCUCUCCAACAACCAGAGGUCUCAGAGAGGCCAUGAAGGCUGAGGGUGAGUCCUAACGAGAAUCACUUCCUCCCAUUUUGUAGAUAAUUCCAAUAGGAGUUGAAAAAGCUGGAUAUUUUUACUUGUUGAGAAAUUUGAGGCUUCUUUUGCAUGUCUGUUUAGGGAUAGAGUUCAGUCUCCCCCUAGUGGACGAGCGGAGGAAGAGCAGGGAGCAGAACCUGACAGCGCACCAAAAGGUUGGAGACGAGCAGAUGGAGAAAGCACAAGAGUAAGAGUGUUUUGCUUUUCCUCUGUCUUCACUCUUCACUUAUCUGGAUCCCUUGAUUUGAUCUAAUUUUAGGCCUAUUUCUAAACUUCCUUUUAUUUCCAAGGUUUUAGAGAAAGUUGUUUUUAACCAACUCCAAGAGUUUUUACAGAGGGCCAAUGUUUCUGAAUUGUUUCGGUCUGGUUUUAAGUCGCUUCACAGCACUGAAACUGUUCUUUUAAAGGUUUUUAAUGAUCUUUUGUUAAAUCUCGACUCUGGAAACUGUGUCGUUUUAAUUCUCCUAGACCUAACAGCGGCAUUUGAUACAGUGGAUCAUUCAAUCCUCCUAUCUCGCCUGGAACACUGUGUAGGCAUAAAAGGGACUGCCCUGAGCUGGUUCAAAUCUUACCUCUCUGGGAGAUCCUUCUCUGUUCGCAUGGGACAGUUUUCCUUCUCCGUUGCCCCUCUGACAUGCGGUGUUCCCCAGGGGUCAGUCCUGGGCCCUUUACUGUUCUCCCUCUAUAUGCUACCGCUGGGGUCCAUUUUUAGGAAGCACGGUAUCCCCUUUCAUUGUUUUGCAGAUGAUGUACAGGUGUAUUUGCCGGUGAAGGCACCUACUAAAGACUCGCUCCAGGCUGUGUUUAACUGCAUGAAAGACGUUAAAACAUGGAUGGACCUAAACUUGCUAAAACUAAAUGAAAACAAAACAGAGGUUAUCCUGUUCUGCCGUCCAGACCUGGUUCAGGUCCUUGCCAGCUCCUUCGAUCCAUUAGCACCGUACGUAAAAUCCCAUGCCAGGAAUCUUGGGUUUAUUAUUGAUGGUGCCUUCAAACUGGACAAGCAGGUCAGUGCUGUGGUCAAGUCCAGCUUCUUCCAGCUGAGGCUUUUGGCAAAGAUUAAACCAUAUCUCAACCAAAGAGACCUGGAAACAGUAAUCCAUUCUUUUAUUACUUCUCGCUUGGAUUACUGCAAUUCUCUUUACUUCGGAAUUGACCAGGCUGAGCUCGCCUCCUUUCUGGCACCAAGAAGCACGAGCACAUAACUCCAGUACAGGAUCGUUUUUAAGAUUCUUUUAUUUGUUUUUAAAUCUCUGAAUGGGCUGGCCCCGGAGUACCUGGCUGACCUUGUUAAGCUACACCAGUGGUUCUCAAGUCCAGUCCUCGAGCCCCCCUGUCCUGCAUGUUUUGGAUGUUUCCCUGCUCCAGCACACCUGAUUCAAAUGAUCAGCUCGUUAUCAAGCUCUGUAAUAACGAGCUAAUCAUUUGAAUCAGGUGUGUUGGAGCAGGGAAACAUCCAAAACAUGCAGGACGGGGGGGCUCGAGGACUGGACUUGAGAACCACUGAGCUACACCAACCCUCCAGAGCUCUUAGGUCUGCUGACCGAGUCGUCUUAGACGUGCCUCGUUCGUUUUUAAAAUCCAGAGGGGAGCGAGCGUUUGCAGCUCCCACUUUGUGGAAUGCACUACCCCUAAGUGUGCGUACUGCAAAUAGUCUCUCUGCUUUUAAAACUCAACUGAAGACGGACUUGUUCACCUUAGCUUUUGACGGAGUAUGAUACUUGUAUUGGUUAUAUAUUUGUUUUUAUUUAUAUUUAUAUGUUACAUGUCUUUUGUUGUUGCUGUUUGCUGUGUAUGACUUGCUUUUAUUGCUACUGCCUCGUUACUGUAAAGCACUUUGGUAGGCCACUGGCACAUGACAUUGACUUAUGAGUGUAAAUGUUUGGGGGGAUUUAUGGCUCGACUAUCAGAAUUACUUGCCUUCCAGUUGCUUAAUUGAAGGAUGGUGUUGAUGCUUUUAAUUUGCAGGUGUUCUGAGCUGAAAGAAGGCGACAGCUGUCAGGGAGGUGGGGAAGGAGAGAGCUGCAGAUACGACAACGAAGAUGAGGACGAUGACGGCAGCUUCUCCUGGCUGGAGGAGAUUGGGGUCCAGGACAAAAUCAAGAAGCCGGGCAGCAUCAUGAUCCAACUGUAUCCUCCCCUCUGGACUCUACAGUUAGCUGUGUUUCAUUUAAGCGUGAGUCUUUGGUAUGAAUUUCCUUGACUCUUUAUUUAGUCGUAAAGAGGGCCACACAGUCUCCCUGGACCACAAACCAGAGUCUGUGGUGUGUGUGGAGGGCUCACACACCUUCUCCCUGAUCAACUUCCUCAUCAACUGUAAGAGUCUGGUGGCGACAGCAGGGUCCCAGGCCGGGUUGCCCCCUACGUUGCUGGCUCCCGUUGCCUUUAGAGGGGCUGCGAUGCAGACGCUGAAGGUACAGAGUCAUGAACAAUAUCAGUCCUGAAACGGUCAGCCGCAAAUCUCUGCGUUUGUUCAAGUGUGUGUUUGUUUCCAGGCUCGAAGUGUGAAUGUGAAGAGCCAGGUUGGUACAACAUACCAGAGCAUCAGCAGUCUGGAGAUCACAGGUACACAUCACACAUAAUCAGGCUUCAAUUAUCUGCUUCUUUUAAAAUAAUUUUCUGAUUUAAAUCUAAAGUUUUUGUUUUUGUUCCCUCCCUCCUUCAGGACCCAUCCUUCCCUCCUCCCUACACGCCGUCACAACCCUCCUCAGACCCGCCCAGAAAGGAAACUUCUCAGCCACUCUAUACACCCACGCACCAACCGCCGUCAUGAACACACACGGCAACAAGCAACAGGUAGAGCCGCCGAGUGCUUUUAAGUGAAUUACUAGUUUUGGUUGAAUAUUUGCACACUAGCUUACAGCGACUUGCUUUGAUUAUUUGAUUCAUCCCACUGACUCUUUCUUUUUUUGUGUUACAGUGCGCUGGUGGGUCAGUAGAUCUGAGCAGCUGUGGUCUCCACCCCACCUCCGUCCAGCAGCUAAAGCAGCCCCCUAGCUUGGGCAAGACUGCUCUGACCCACAUCAACAUGAACAAUUACAGCUACACCUGGAAGAACUGACCGCCGGAGGAGGUUGUAAAGUAGCAAACAGCUUUUAAUUCAGUGUGCUGUAUUGUUCAUCCUUUUUUAAAGCUGUGCAUUUACUUGAACUGAUCUGACUGGUACUUUUUUUUAUAAAUCACAGCGCAAGAUUGUGGCCCCUGUGGAAGGGAAUCCACUCCUGAAAAACCGCUCUCAGGGAGACAUUAUCACCUUUUUUUUUUUUGUAUGAUUUCAACCACCAAUUUUAAGUCAAGCAUGUAUAACCCGUCUAUGUCACUCAGUCAAUUCUUUUAAUAAAAACAAAGAAAUUUGAACCAUCGAACAUAUUUUUUUUAAUUGUACCAUUUGACAGUGAAAAAACUUACAGGCUUGAUUAUUUU